AUGACAACAGAAAAUAUUUCACCAUUGUCUUCAACUUCGAAAAUUUAUCAUCGACAAAAUAAAUUUAAAAAAAACAGUGAAAAUACUUCACCAACCAAUGUUAAUGAUUGGACAAUAACAUUUUGUAUAAUUGGUUCUGCUUGUUCAAAUAAACGACUUCUAUCUUCACUUGAAGAUCGUUAUGUAUAUGAAUGUAUUCAUGAUGAACGAGAAGUAAUUCGUACAUUAACUGAAACGAAAAUUUUAUUAUCACAACGACAAUUACGUAUUUAUAUUGUUGAUUCAUUUGAUGAUUCUAUAUUUCAAUAUUUAAAAGACAAUGAAGAUAUUUAUACAAUUAGUUCUGAACUUGUAUUAUCAUGUGCAGAAAAAGAAAUUGAUAUUCCUGUACCAAGAAGAAAUCGACCAUUAUAUUGUCAACAUUUAUCUUCAGCUGUCAUAUGUUUUGUUGGAAUUCGAAGAGAUACACAUACGGAAUUAAGUGAUUUUGUUCAUUAUCUUGGUGGAUCUGUACGAAAAGAUUAUAGUGAUCAAGUAACACAUGUUAUAUCACAUGCAAAUAUCGGUGAAAAAUAUCUCACAGCAUUUAAUAUGGAAAGAAGUGAAAUUCUAACAGAAGAAUGGCUUUUACAUUGUUGGCAUGAACGAAAUAAUCGACAAUUUAAUCCAUUUGAUUCUGAACUUAUUCGAAUAUAUCGUGCUAAACCAUUACAUAAUCUUAAUUUAUUCUUUUUUGGUUUUAAUAAUGAUAAUGAAUUACAACAUUUACAUACUUUAACCAAUGAACAUGGUGGAUUUAUAACAAAAGAAAUGAAUGAAGCAACACAUAUUGUUCUUUCUGAUAUAAAUUUAUUUAUAUUGACAUAUCCAUCAUAUACACGUAAACAUCGACAAUAUAUUGUCCAUGUACAAUGGUUUUGGGAAUGUUUAUGUUUAAUGGGUAAAGCUGAUGAAUCAAUGUAUAUUGUUAAUUUAACUAGUAAUCAAUCAACAACACCAGAUUCUUCAUUAUUAUUACUUUCACCAUCAAUACAUGGUGAUAGUCCAUUACAUGAUUCAUCAUUAAAUACGACUGUUAAACGAAAACGUCGACAUAAACAUUUGUUUAUAAAUGAACAAAUUGAUAAUACACCAAAUUCAAAACGUUUUAAUAGUAGUGUUAAUGAGAAUGAAAAUUUAUUAGAUGAUAAUAUUGUUAUAGAAAAACAACAAAAUAUUAAAAAAGAUAAUAAAUAUUUAAUUGAAAUGGAAUUAAGAGAAACUGAACGAAAUUAUGUUACAAUGUUAUCAAAUAUUAUUCGAAUUUUCAAAACUGAAAUGGAAAAAGAUGAUCGUCGAAAUGGUCCUAUUCUUACAAAAGUUGAAAGUACACAAAUAUUUGGUAAUAUUGAAGAAAUCUAUCAUUUACAUUUAUCUAUUGCUGAACAACUUGAUCGAGCUAUAAAUGAAGAUAAAUGUAUUGGUUCAAUAUGUUUAACUAAUUCUGUUGAUCUUUUACGUGUUUAUCAACCAUAUACAAAAUUUUAUGAUAAAACAAUUGAAGCAAUUCAUACAUUAGAAAAAACUAAUUCUCGUUUUUAUGCUUAUCUUAAAAUUUGUGAACAUAAAAUUGAAUUAGGUAAACAACAUUUAGUUGAUUUAAUGAUACGAUCUAUUCAACGUUUACCAAGUAUAUUAUUAUUACUAGAACGUUUACUUAAAUAUACAUCAAUAACACAUAUUGAUUAUCAAUUAUUAAUUGAUUCAUUAGAUAAAUUACGUGAAAUAGCAAAAAAAUUAAAUGAAGAAAGAGGAAAAACAGAAAAACAUUUAUCAAUGUUUAAUAUUGUUAAUAGUAUUGAUAAUUGUUCAGUAACAAAAUUACGUGUUAAUAUGUGGAAAACCCCUGGUAUGAAAACAUCAAAAACAUACAAACAUAUUGCAUUUAUUCAAUUAAGUGAUAUUAGAAGUUUAUUUGAUAUUAAUCCAAUAUCAUUAACAAUUGAUGAAACUGAACAAUUCGGAAUACUUUGUUCAAUUGAUGGACAAAUACGUCAACUUAUAUUUCGUGUUAUUAAUGGAAAUACAAGUACUAGUACUAAUAAUUCAAAAUCUUAUUUUACUGAUUUAAUAUCUUCAUCAUCAUCAUCGAUUUCAACAUUAUCAAAUAGUACUACACAUCAUGGAAAUCAUAAAAUCGAUGUACUUUAUCAUUUAUCUAAAGCUAUUUCAGAUGAUCGAUGUUUACUUGAUAAAUCUUCACUUAUUCAAACAGUUACUAAUUCAAAUAAUAAUCAUCAUGUGUAUUGUUCUCAAACAUCAUUUGAACAUUCAGAAAUUGAUUCAGGUUUACAUUCAACUAGUCGUCUGAAUUUAUUAGAUUUAGCACUUAAACGUGAUCUUCAUAAAGCAAAUAAACGGUUAAGUCGAGCUUUUUUAUUUAGUUCAGAACCCAAUAAACAUUUAACAAAAAAAAAAACUUAUUAG